AUGCCUCGUGGGCAGAAGAGUAAGCACCGUGCUCGUGAGAAACGUCGCCAGGCCCGAGCUGAGACCCAGGGUCUUCAUGAUCAGGCUACCACAUCUGGGGGAGAAGAGACCACCUCCUCCUCCCCUCCUGAUUCAGAGAGCGGUCCCUCAAGCUCGUCUGCUGCUGGCACCUCCAAGGGGCCUCAGGGAGCCCAAGGCACCACCAGCGCUGCUUCAGCACGCUCGAGAUCUGGUGUAGGUGCCGAGGGCCAAGUUCAGGAAGGGGAAAAUUCCUCCCAGGCCUCAGCUGCUGCUGAGAGCUCUCAUACAGAUCUUCUGACCUGGAAGGCAGAGGUGUUGGUACAGUACAUGCUGUGUAAGUAUAAGAUGAGGGCGCUCAUUAAGAGGUCUGAAAUGCUGAAGGCAGUCACUAGAAGGUACAGGGAGCAAUUCCCUGAGAUCCUUAGCAGGGCCUCUGAGCGCAUGGAGCUGGUGUUUGGCCUGGUGCUGAAGGAAGUCAGGCCCAACAGUCACUGCUAUACCCUGGUGAGCAACCUAGAUCUCAGCGACAGUGAGUCUAUGAGAGGUGACUGGGGGCUGCCGAAGAAUGGUCUUCUGAUGCCUCUGCUGGGUGUCAUCUACCUGAAUGGCAACCACGCCCCUGAGGAGAAGAUCUGGAAUUUCCUGAAUAUGCUGGGCAUCUAUGAUGGAAGAAAUCACUUCAUCUUUGGAGAGCCCAGGAAGCUCAUCACAGAAGAUCUGGUGCGAGAAGGGUAUCUGGAGUACCGCCAGGUGCCCGGCAGUGAUCCCCCUCGCUAUGAGUUCCUGUGGGGUCCUAAAUUGCUCACAGAAACCAGCAAGAUGAAGGUCUUGCAGUUUUUGGCCAAGGUCAAGGAUUCGGGUCAUACUGCCUUCCUGUCGCAAUAUGAGGAUGCUUGGAGAGAGGAGGUAGAGAGCACCGGAGACAGAGGCCUGGCACUGCUGCCUCAGCCGCUGCUGGCCCUUCUGCUUCAGCCCGGCCUGGCACUGCUGCCUCAGCCACUGCUCGCCAUUCUGCUUCAGCCCGGCCUGGCACUGCUGCCUCAGCCACUGCUCGCCAUUCUGCUUCAGCCCGGCCUGGCACUGCACCGUCAGCCGCUGCUCGCCAUUCUGCUUCAGCCCGGCCUGGCACUGCACCCUCAGCUGCUGCUGGCCCUUCUGCUUUGGCCACUGCGCGCCCCAGGGCCAAGUCCAGCCGCUCAUCUCGCCCUUAGUGUGGUCUGA